CGGUCCGUUCCGGUCCGUGCGGUGCGCGGCGCGGGGCCGUCGGGAUGGUACCGCCGCUGGCGGUGGGGGCAGCGGCGCGGGGCCGGUUUGUCGGCGGCCUCCCCUGCGCGCGGCCAACGGCUGCUGCCUGCGGGCCGCGAGGCUGAGCGCGCGCCGGGGCCCCGCCGGCUCGACGAGUGUAUUACCUUCAGGAAAUGGCCUCUUCUAAGUCUUUGAUGAACCUUCUAACCUUCACUUUUGGAUCAGCAAUAGGAUUUUUUGUAUGCUAUCUUCUGUUUAGCAUUAUACUAGAAGAACAAGUGAAGAUCCAGCCUCAUGUCCUUCACAAUGAUCCGCAUGGUCAGCACUCAUCCGAUACCGAUAACAAUCAGCUGCAAGGACAAAUGAAUUUCAAUGCAGACUUUGGACAGCAUAAAGAUGAGAAUAAAAAUAUUGCAGAGGGACUGUAUCAGAAGGUGAAAAUACUGUGUUGGGUCAUGACUGGACCUCAAAAUCUAGAAAAGAAGGCCAAGCAUGUUAAGGCCACUUGGGCCCAACGUUGUAAUAAAAUACUUUUUAUGAGCUCCGAGGAAAACAAAGACUUCCCAACUGUGGGCCUAGAAACCAAAGAAGGCAGAGACCAACUGUACUGGAAGACUAUUAAAGCUUUUCAAUAUGUGCAUGACCAUUAUUUUGAUGAUGCUGAUUGGUUUAUGAAAGCAGAUGAUGAUACAUAUGUUAUAUUGGACAAUUUGAGAUGGCUUCUUUCAAAAUACAGUCCUGAACAGCCAAUAUACUUUGGAAGAAGGUUUAAGCCUUAUGUGAAACAGGGCUACAUGAGUGGAGGAGCAGGUUAUGUUCUGAGCAAAGAAGCUCUGAAGAGAUUUGUUGCUGCAUUUAAAACAAACAAAUGCUCUCAUAGUUCCUCAAUUGAAGACCUCGCACUAGGAAAAUGCAUGGAGAUCAUUAAUGUGGAAGCAGGAGAUUCUAGGGAUACAAGUGGUAGAGAAACGUUUCAUCCCUUUGUUCCAGAACAUCACUUAGUCAGGGGAUACCUGCCAAAAACAUUCUGGUACUGGAAUUACAAUUAUUAUCCUGCUGUAGAGGGUCCUGGAUGCUGCUCCGAUCUGGCAGUUUCAUUCCACUAUGUUGAUUCCAUGACUAUGUAUCAAUUGGAAUAUUUGAUUUAUCAUCUCCGUCCGUAUGGGUAUUUGUAUCGGUACAAUCCUGAUGCAGCAAGUAAUCCAAAAGAGCAGAGCAAAAAUGAAGCACUGGAGGAUAACCAGAAGCUAAAGCAAAAAGUUACUGAGAGUUAAUUGGACUUUGAAGCCAGUACAACGAGUAAGAGUCUCCUCAAACUCCUGCAUGAAGCUUGUGGACUGAAAUUACUGAUAGUGACUCUUAUUCAAAAAAUCACGUUGGCAGUACUGCCUGUCCCUGUCUGUGUACAAUAGAAUCUGGUGCUGGCUCUGACUGUUUGGGAUAGUGUGACCUUGCAGCCCUGCUCGAUGAAGAUUUAGGGCUCUAAAGCUGUGAAAUAGGAGGUUGUUCUGGUACACUAAUAUCUGGAAGAAUUUAUAUAAAACACAUAGUGAAUGGGUUCAAAGAUAAUCGUACAGUAUUUCUGUUCCUUUUUCUGUUCUCCUUUUCCUUCUAGCUGUUCUGUUAGGUAAGCUCUAAUGGUAGAAAGUGGAUGCUGCACAGUCAAAUACUUGAUGAUGGCUUUCUCUAGUAUUCUCAGUAUCUUGAAGUUACUUUGUGUACCGUGCCGUACAAGGGAGAGGCGUGAAAAUAGUCUCAAGUCUGCCUUGCCUUAAUGACAGACUGGCUGUUAUGAAUAGGCAGAGAUCCACCCAAAAGAUUAAUCUUGAGUUGUUUCAGAAAUGGAAUUCACUGCUAUGAAUUAUUUUUAACUUUUUUAAGUCUCUUGUACAAAACAAUAUGAAGUUGGAUCACUACUGUUUUAGGGAGAAACCCAGAAAUGGUUACUGUUAUUUCAAUUGCUGAGGUCAGGCAAGCUGCUUACAUAUUUACCUGUGGCUUUUUUGUUUGUUUUUGUUUUGCAUUAACUUAUCAUAUUGGUUGACUGGUUAUAAAAAUUCAUCUCAGAAUUUCUCAGCAUAAGAUAAGGUAGAUACUUUUUGAAAUAGAAGCCUCUCUUCCAUCCUUCCUUCCACGUGAACCAGAAAGAAUAGUGUCUUGGCAAAGUUACAAUAUAUUAUAAUAACUUGGUUUCAGCCAGUGUUAAAAUUAGUUUGUUUUAUUUAGUUUUCUCAUCACUAUACUUUGAGAUUGUGGAGUUACUUUAUUCAUUAAAAUUUUACAGAUACAAAGAAGUUCUAUUUUAGAACCGCAGCAAAGCUGAUUUGUCUGUUUCCGUACACAUCUCAUUUAUUUGGCUGAAGUACUUAAUUUCACUCUCUCUUUUCUCUUCACUUUUUAUUUUCCUCCACUUUAAAAAAUUUCUUCUGUAGCUGCUGCUCGUUACCUUUUUCAGGACAAAGUAUUAAAUGAUCCUUUUUUCACUCUUUUUGAAGCUGAAGUAUAUAGUUAUUCAGGUAAGCCAGCCUGAAUGCAGGAAUCUUUGAAAGUGCGUUAACUUUCUCCAUUACUUUGAGUAUCUCUGCCUCUGAGAUGAAAAUGCUUUCUUGGUGUGGGACAAAAAUAGGUGUUUUAAUUACUGGAAGAUUUUCAGAGGCCAAGUCUAUGUUUUAUGUAGUUAACAUAAAACUUUCUGGUUUUCUCUUUUGAAUUGAGCGAAUAGCAGUGUGGAGGAUGGGAUUAGGCUUGACAUGUAGUGUGUCUUUAUUCCACACUUGAACAAAAGUUUCGUCAUCUUUUUAUCGCUUUUCACCUUCAUCAUAUUGAUGAAUUUGGACAUAACCUAAUUACCUCCAGUCAUUGUUUUGGAAAGGGCACAUACUGGUAGCAGACAGCCUUAUUUACUACUGCUGUCCUUCAGGAUGUUCCUGCAAGAGGAUGUUACCGUGAAGUACUGGAUUUACUUUUUCUUUUUUCUCCAAAGAUAGUUCUUGUAUGAAUUGGGCUUCUGUCUGUUGCCCAGCAGUAAAUGGUCAUGACUUACUUUCUGACCAUUGCUCAGCAGCAUGAUGGUGAUUACUGAAGUAAGUCUCUCAUGCAGUUGAAUUAUUACAUCUUCUCUGCCUGAAUAUAGGCCAGAUUCAUACAUCAGGUAUUAGUUAAAUGAAUAGUUCCUGCAUGGUUAAAUCUGCUAGUCUUUUAUCCGCGAGACUGCCUCUGAAGUACUAAAAGGGACAUGAACUUUAUAUUAAUUGACUUAGGUAGGAAAUUAUAACUGCAUUUGUUUAAAGAAGGAAAAAGCCUCCAGUUUGCUCUAGUCAGAGGGAUGCUUGUCCAGAGGAGAAUGGAUGGUACCAUGCUGAAAGGUGCUUCCUUCUGUGAGCUAAAUGUUUAUCCCAUGUGCAGCACAAACCAAUGAUAUUGUGAAAUCCAUAUGCUAUUGAUAAUUCCAGUGGCAUUGUUCAAGCAUGCAGUUAAAAUUUUCUGGGAUACUUGGGGAAGUUAUAAAAUGAAACCAAGCUACCAACUUAAUCUCUUGGUAAAUGCAACCCAUUUAAAAGAUCUCCGAACUACUGUGCGGUUCUUUUAUUUCUGCUUUCUUCCUCAGUUCAUCUGUGGGAAUUUAAAGAUUUUCUACCACAACAGGCAGAACUAAUUCUGCAGAUUUUUUUGCAGAGUUGUGUCUUCUGUCUGCCCUGUGCUGCCCUGUGAAGUAACAUCAUUUACUCUUCAUGUUCCUUACUAUCCUGACUUCUGUCUUCGGGUUUUCAAUUUCAUCAUGCGCAAGUCUCAGGUGGACAACAGGAAGCAGAUAGGGAGAUGUUUGAGCUCUGCACAAGUCUGGUUGCUGAGGUGGCAAGCUAAACCAGGCACCACUGAGCUGCCAGUGAAGCAUUUUCUCAGCAGCAGUUCCAGUUGUUGUCUGCUGCCCAGCUGUGGCUUGUGGGUUUAGCAGAGCGGGGCAGGAAUGUCUCUUUCAACAAACAUGAAGGACCUCAGAGGGAAUGGAGGAAUAAAGGAACAAGUUCCAUUUCUUGAGGGAGUAAGGCUAAGAACAUACUACCUUGUGAUAAAUAGGUGGCGUAUCUGGAGAAAUAGGAGGAGCCUUUUCUUCAAACGUCCAUUUCUUGCUUUAUUUUAAAGUGUCCUUGUGCUUAGGCCUCAGAAUCUGUUUCUUUUGCCUUUCCAACAGCACUGCAAAGAAGUCUUUUUUUCCUUCCAGACAAGCUAGAAAAGUAUCAGUUUUUACAUUCUGUGAUUAUAGUAGGGCUGUUGUUCUAUAUUGAGUUGUACUGCCAUAGCAAUGAGCUGAAACCUCUGAAAUAACUGGUUUGUAUCUCACUACCUUCAAAAGCUUCAAUAGACAUGGUUAGAAUGUGAACAGUUAGUAUAAUUUUCAUGUAUAAUAUUCCAUGCUAAUACUGGUAGUUGUUUCACUCCCAGCUCUUUGUGGUUUGAGAAAGCAUUUCUUGAGCUUGAGUACUGCUGUAGCCCAAGGAGGCUGCUGUACUUGAGGUGGAUAGACCUUCCUGAAGCACAGUGGCACAGGCUCUCUUAGGCCAUACAGGUUAUUGCCCUGUGCUUUUGUUUUAUUUCUAGAAGAGGCUUCUCAAUUUUAUAAGGCUUCCGUUGGUACUGUAGUGAUUUAAAUAACCCAUCUAAAAAUUUUUAACUCCUUUUCUUGAGAUUACUAGGCAGCAGUUGUUUGCAGCUGGAUGUGGGAAAGUCACUUAGUAUAAGAGAGUAACAUUUUAAUGCUGCGGUAAGUGGGUUUUAGUUCAGAAAGAAUGAGAAUGCCAAGAAGUUACUUUCUGAUCACUGUUCUCAAUCAGAGGAUAGUAUUCAUCUUUGCAGAAGAGGACUGAUUUUAAUCUUCUUUCACUCCCACUUUGGGGUUUUUUUUUGCAGUCUGUGUUGGUCUUAUUUAAAUGCUGAUGGCAUUAGCACUAUCUCCCAUUUUGUGGCAGCUCUUUUUCCAGUACCUGUUGCUUUUAAGGACACUUCAUUUGUUUUGCUUUGGUGGAGAUAUAUAUUAAAAAUCGCUUUUUCUUCAUGUGUUGCCAUUUGUUCUGUUAGGCUUCUAGAAGUAUAAAUUUUAGACCUCUUAGGAACAGUUUGCUGUUUGAGCAGGGUGUUUUAUUGUUGUAUGACAGAAAAAUGCGGGUUAUUUUUGAUGUGCCUGCAACUGCUACUGAUGUUGAUAGUGCAGGCAUGGGUGAAAAUAGAUCCCUCAAUACAGGACCACUUGUAAAGGCAGUUUUGCCCUUUUUCUGUCAAGCAAAACUUCUGUGGAACUCCAAAAGUGUAAUUUCCUUUGUUUUACAAUAUUGUAUUUAAAAUACUCCACAAAGGUUGUUAAUGCUCCAAAAGAAUUGAAUAUUGCUGCUGGACAGUACGCUCCACUUCGAACCUGUGAAUGUUUCACUUUGCAAUUAUAAGUAGUCGUGUCCCUAAUGGCAUGUAUGAGUUGGUGACUUGUCUGGAAUGUUCACCAUAAGGAUUUGUUUCUUAAAUACCUUCUUUGAAGUGCCUUUGACCAAUUUUUAGCAUCAAAAUUAAGUUGAGAUUUGAAUAAAUAAAAUAAGUUAUCUCAUA